UAUUGAUGAUCGAUAUGAUGAUUACCAGGAGUAAAAGCACAUUGCUGAUACGUACGCGGGAGCAGAACAAGAUCAAGAUGCCUCCUUUGAGCAGCUGCAAGGAGUGCCACUUUCGCUGGAUCGCUUGCGAUCAGAGGGAUCCUUGCGCAAAGUGUUUGAGCGGCAAUCGUCGCUGCACGUAUACAAAGACCUUGGUGAACGGCGUGCCAAUACCUUGACGCCAACAACCGCAACAGAUACGGCAAUGUCAUGGUGCCGGACGGUGCGCCUGCGCCUGUGCCUGCGCCUCCACCACCUCCUCAUCCUCCUCCACCACCUCCUCCCCCUUCCAUCCCAUCUCCUUCUACACCACCAUCGGCCCAGGGAGCGGCAGAAACACCCUCCCCCGCCGCAGCGUCCUCCCCGGAGCUGCCAGUCGCCCCUGUGCACCUCUGGCGCUCGGCCUUUUCCGCUCCCUCGACCUUUACGUCGAUCAACCACUCCGCCUCGGGCACCGCUUUCCCCUGGAGAGAAAGCGCAGCUGAGACUGCUCCUGCGCACUGGCGCAACUUCCUGCCUGACCAGGGCGACGAGGACAGGGAGAUGGUCGAGCUAGGUGAAGGCGAAGAAGAGAUCGAGGCCGACGACGAUGAAGAGACGCGCCAGACGCGCCAGGCCGACAGCGCCAACAAGAAGAAGCGCGCUCCCGACAAGAAGAAGUAGCCAAUACAGCUAGAUGUGGUCGACGAGCACGACAAAGAGAGAUGCUAUAUAGCGGAAGGAGAAGAACAGGAUAAUUAGAAAUGCACUCACAGACCCGAGAUCAACAAUACGUAACGUCCGAAAGAAUGGCAUUCUCU